CGACAAACCCGAACGACAGGACUGUGAAGCUUUGAAUACCAGUCAUAUUUUCUAUAGGAAAAUUAAACUAAAUAGGAAUAGGGGUAAUGGAUGUGUUUGUAAAGAUUGAGAGGAUACCAACAACUGCCGAAAUGUCAUGUCGUACACCGUCUUAUAAGGUACCUAACCUACCUCCUGUUAGCCUCCUACGAUACCCAAAUGCCCCACCAUCAAUGGGAGGUAUUGAUACAUCUAAGUACGGCAACUCUCCGAGAAGUGUCAGACGGCAUAAGACAGCGUUGCAACCUUACGGCAACUUCCCGGAAAGUAUGGAAAUACUCCACGGUCUCCCCAAACGAUCUACGCGGAAAGGGUGUAGUCAAUCCACGUAUAUAUGAUGGUUUGACUUGGGAUCUAGUUGAGACUGACAGUACUAUUCCUCGUUCUGCAGUGGGUAUACUUAGCUUCUCAUCAUCCUCAAGCUCCCCUAUUGCCCCUGUUCUACCCGCGACUACACAUAUAUCGUCAUCUUCUAGUUCAAAAUGGCCUCCGCAGAUAUCGUCAAACCUAAUAGCCAUCAUGUGCCUAUCUCGGAUGGCCUCUGGGUUGAUCAAACGGCAGAAGUUAGUCCCAUCAACGGGCUACCGUUCUAUAAGCCAACGCCUGCUGAUAUAACGAUAAACAACCAUAAAGACGGCGAUAAGGCAAAGAUUUUAUUUAAGAACGUCAACAUUUUCGAUUCCACCGGCGCAGACCCCUAUCCAGGUGAUGUUCUCAUCGAGGGAGAAAGAAUCAAGGCAGUUGGUAAAGUCGACGAAGCCCCUGAUGACGACACCUUGGUUAUCGACGGCCAAGGCAAAAAGACACUCAUAUCAGGACUGGUUGAUGCCCAUACCCACUUCAGCUGGAAUAAUUCGCCGACGCUAGACGGCUUAGCCAGAACGCCGCUAGAAGAGCACAUGCUACAGACGGCGCAGUCGGCGAAGACAUACCUGAACUACGGAUACACGAUGUGCUUCGGAGCGGCUUCCGCACGGCCGCGCCUCGACAUCGCUGUAAAGAAUGCUAUCAAAUCAGGCCUGAUCCCAGGUCCCCGCUCUUUGGCCAAUUGCCAGGAGAUAGCGACGACGGGUGGCGCGAUCGUUCCGAGUAUCAGUCAAUAUGCCGACGGCGCCGACGCUAUGCGACAGGUUGUGAGGAAGGCUAUUGAACUUGGCGCUGAUAAUAUUAAGCUGAGCACGACGGGCGACUACGUUCAUGAGACUAUGGGAUCGAAAGAGACUUACUAUACUCUUACCGAGACCAAGGCAGCUGUCGAAGAGGCCCACAAUAGGGGCAAGCGCGUAUGCACCCAUGCCCGGUCGGCAGCUUCUGUGAAGAUGUCAUGUCUCGCGGGCGUAGACAUGAUUUACCACGCGAGCUACGUCGACGCCGAAGGGAUGGACAUGCUCGAGGGGCUCAAAGACAGAGUCUACGUAGCGCCAGCCAUCAACUUCCCCCUGCUGAGCUGCACCGGAGAAGCGACUCCGUACGGCCUCACGCCGGAGAUGGCCAAGAAAAGGGGCCUUGUGCACGAGGUCGAAACCGCAACCAAAGCUAUGAAAGAGCUCAAGAGGCGCGGAGUUAAGAUACUCCCCGGCGGCGAUUACGGGUUCGCCUGGGCGCCACACGGAACUUACGCGAAGGACAUGGCUCAUUUUGUCAACUUGUUCGGAUAUACGCCUAAGGAGUCGCUUAUCGCUGCGACGGCCCUGGGGGGAGAGGUCAUGGGCUAUCCGGAUGACUUGGGGAAAGUGUUACCUCGCUAUUACGCCGAUGUCAUCUUGGUCGACGGGAACCCGCUGGAGGAUAUCGAGCUUCUCCAGGAUGCUUCCAGGCUACACGCUAUCGUGAUAAACGGACACGUCCAUAAAAAUGUGAUCGACAUUGAGAAUGGUCCAAAAGAAAUCGUGAUAGGUAGCAAUCCUGACGGAUCUGGAGUUGGAUCUAACCUAACAAUUUGAAAGAGUCAGGGGUAGCAGGAUACUUUGCGGGAGAGGAAAAUGAUUCAUAAUGCAGUCGUUUUCGGUGUUUGUAAUUUAGUUUGGACCCGGG